AUGAUUGGGGACAAAUCAAGCCUGCCGGUAUCUCUACUGUCGUCGAUAUCUUGGGCUGAAGAGACUAGCAAAUGUAACAAAGGAAUGAAUUUGGUUAUGGCGGCGAACUACAGCGGCCGCGAUGACGUCAUACAGGCCACCAAAAGGCUCACCGCCAAAGUAGAAGGAGGGAUUCUACGAGCCACGGACAUCGAUGAAGCCAUGUUGGAACAAGAGCUGAUGACCAACGCCGUUGAAUUCCCAAACGCGGACCUAUUGAUUAGGACAAGCGGUGAGCUCACAAUCAGCGGCUUCCUUUUGUGGCAGUUGGCCUAUACAGAAUUCUACUUUGCAGAGAAAUUGUUUCCUGAUUUUGGUGAAGAUGAUCUUCGCCAAGCACUUGCUUCUUAUGGUUGCCGGCAGAGACGCUACGGCCAGCGGAAGAAUUAA